CAGCAUUUAAAUGCAAAGUGGGAGUGUUGUACUGGAUUUCACACGAGAGAAGCCGAAGCAUCACUCCGACUGGGAAACUACAAGUCGUUUUCUAACAAAACAGUGUCCAGUAACGACGGAAAGCUUGAGACAUGUGUGGGAUCUUUGCCUACCUGAAUUAUCGAGUGCCUCGCACCAGAAAGGAGAUAUUUGAGACGCUAUUGAAGGGACUGCAGAGACUGGAGUACAGAGGCUACGAUUCAGCAGGUAUCGCUGUGGAUGGCCCGAACAAGACAAAACCUGACAUCAAUGGCAACACCAUCUGUUUGAUCAAGCAGAGGGGGAAGGUCAAGGCUUUGGAUGAGGAAUUAUACAAGAAAGACUCGCUGGACCUGGACGAGGAGCUCUGCACACACUUUGGCAUCGCUCACACUCGCUGGGCCACACACGGAGAGCCGAGCGCUGUCAACAGCCACCCUCAUCGCUCUGACAAGAAUAACGAGUUUGUCGUCAUCCACAAUGGCAUCAUCACCAAUUACAAGGAGCUGAAGGAGUACCUGAUCACCAAGGGAUAUGAGUUUGAGUCAGAGACGGACACUGAGGUGAUUCCCAAACUGAUCAAAUAUGUUUAUGACAACCGGGAGAAUGACAGCAUCACUUUCUCCACACUGGUAGAGAGGGUCAUUCAGCAGCUGGAGGGAGCCUUUGCUCUGGUGUUUAAAAGCCGUCACUUCCCUGGAGAGGCUGUGUCCACUAGGAGAGGAAGUCCGUUGCUCAUUGGUGUGCGAAGCGAGCAUGAGCUGUUGACCGAACACAUCCCAAUCCAGUACAACAGUGGUCUCCUCAAGGAGGGAGUCCAGGAGAAGAACAGCUAUAACCGCUCUGACAGCUCCAAUGGCAUCAACUCUGUGGGGGAUGGCAGGGCUGUGGAGUAUUACUUUGCCUCUGACGCCAGUGCCAUUAUUGAGCACACCAACAAGGUGCUGUACCUGGAGGAUAAUGACGUUGCAGUGGUGACCGGAGGGAACCUUUCCAUCCAUAGGGUCAACCGACAGGCUGGUGAGAACCCAGUGAGGGCAAUCCAGACCCUACAGAUGGAGCUGCAACAGAUCAUGAAAGGAAACUUUGAAGCCUUCAUGCAGAAAGAGAUCUUUGAGCAGCCGGAGUCAGUGGUCAACACAAUGAGAGGCCGGAUUUUUUUCGACUCCAAUACAGUGGUUCUCGGAGGGCUAAAGGAUCACCUGAAAGAAAUUAAGCGCUGCAGACGGCUAAUUAUGAUUGGCUGUGGCACUAGUUUCCACGCUGCAGUGGCUACCAGACAGAUCCUCGAGGAGCUGACAGAGCUGCCUGUCAUGGUGGAGCUGGCAAGCGACUUCCUGGACCGCAACACACCUGUUUUCAGAGAUGAUGUCUGUUUCUUCAUCAGCCAGUCAGGAGAGACAGCAGACACGUUGAUGGCAUUGCGCUACUGCAAGGAGCGUGGUGGUCUGACAGUGGGUAUUACCAACACUGUGGGAAGUUCCAUUUGUAGAGAAACAGACUGCGGAGUCCAUAUCAAUGCUGGGCCUGAGAUUGGAGUGGCUAGCACAAAGGCGUACACCAGUCAGUUUGUGGCCCUCAUCAUGUUUGGCUUGAUGUUGAGUGAGGACAGACUCUCCCUACAGAAGAGAAGACUGGAGAUCAUCAACAGCCUCAAGGUGCUACCUGACAUGAUAAAGAAGGUGUUGACCCUGGAUGACAAGAUCAAAGACAUUGCCAACGAACUGUAUGAGCAAAAGUCUCUUCUGGUCAUGGGCCGAGGAUUCAACUAUGCCACCUGCCUAGAGGGGGCACUGAAAAUCAAGGAGAUCACCUACAUGCACUCAGAGGGCAUCCUGGCCGGUGAGCUGAAGCACGGUCCUCUGGCGCUCAUAGACAAACACAUGCCAGUCAUCAUGAUCAUCAUGAAAGAUGCCUGCUACACUAAGUGCCAGAAUGCUCUGCAACAAGUCACUGCCAGAGCGGGUCGGCCCAUCAUCAUCUGUUGCCAAGACGACCCUGAAGUGACCAGGAAUGCAUACAAGACCAUUGAGCUGCCACAUACUGUGGACUGUCUGCAGGGCAUCCUCAGUGUCAUCCCCCUGCAGCUCAUGUCAUUCCACUUGGCUGUGCUGCGUGGAUUUGACGUUGACUGUCCCAGAAACUUGGCCAAGUCUGUGACCGUGGAGUAAUUACAGUUCACAACGCACAGGAGAGGAGAGAGGAGAGAGGAAGGAAGGCUCAUAGAUUUACAGUGUGUGUGUGUGUGUGUGUGUGUGUGUGUGUCUGCGUGUGCAGAUGAGAGUUUGAGUGUGAGAGAGACUGUGACAAAUGAGAAGGGGAGGUUUACGAUACAAUUACUUUUUUUUUUAUAAAAAAGAAAAAUGAAAAAGAAAUGUGAAGUCCGACCAAUACACUGCUGAGGAAGUACCAGUGCCAUCGAGGCCUUGUGGAACAAUCUAUGAAAACAACUUUGACACAUCCAAAGCUGUGCCUUUUUCUUAUUGUGACUUGAGCCAAAAACAUACACAACAGGCUUAAUAGAAAAGCAUUGAUAUGGUAUAUUGAAGUGUUUACAGUUGUGCAAUAUGGGGACCAAAUGUACAUUAUGAAUGUACACAAUCAUGAAUGAAGUGAUUUAUUCUAUUCCUAUUUUAUGAAUUUAGUAUGUCCGUUGGGGGAUUCUCCUCUGUCCUUUAGAUUAUGGCAUUUUGUGUUCCAGAAUUC